UAGAAAUAAUCCCACAGGGCGAUACCCUCCUUCAAAAUCAGGAAUUUGGAAACCAAUCAAACAAGUAAAUGGACAACAUAGAAAUACUCAAACCGAUCGGAGAAUGGUCAUUUCUUCUGGAGCAAUCAUUAAGAAAUCUACAUUGCCAAACAGAAAAAGUGCCAACAGUUUAGCCAGACAGAAUAUGCCUAGCUUAGGGCGACAGAAACCUAAUUCUCCUCCACAGCCGAUUGUCACAGGUUCUCCAAAUCCAACUACCACAAACGGCGAAAAUAAACUAGAACAGGAAGGGCAAUUACCAACAGCUAGAAAUGCACUUCGACAAGCAGUGAAAACCACCUCUAAUCCUUCAACUACAAACAGCGAAAAUGAGUUGGAACAAGAAACAGAAGAACAAACGACACAACAAAGUGGUACAACCUCAAGUUCCAAUACAACGUCCGUUGAAAAUGAAAACGAGGCUGAAGAGGAACAAACAAUGUCUUCACAACAAACCCAACAACCAACACAGCAAUCAACAACUCAAGAGGAGGGAGAGUAUGAAUAUGAAAAUGAUUACGCCACAACAACAGAUGGUCAGUCUGGAGGAAGAGGUGGAAGGGGUCCUCAGGGGGUCGGGGCGGCAGGGGACAAUAUAUUUAGUGGCUCUUGGAAGGACGCAGUGCGAGAAAAUGCCAGGGAGAUUGCUUUAGAAAUGGAAGGAACAUGGACAGCGAUCAAUACAAGUACAGUAGGUCGAAAAAACACGUGUCCGUCAUACAAGAUGAGAUACCAAGGGAAUGCUGUCGUUUUCGAUACAAUCGUUGGUCAAUGCCGAGUUAUCAUAACAUGGAAUAAAAGGCAACAACGAGAACAAGUCAAAGAGAAAGUUUCGUGGGGGGUCAACACUUACUACAGAUCAAGGACUAUUUAUGUACCAGUUGUGACGUAUGUUGAUCUUCGAUGA